AUGACAGAACAACCAUCACCAUCCUCAUCCGUCCAACGCGCGAGCGCCUCAGCAGAAAGCACCAGUUACCCAACCGCCGAAGAGGCGCAGGCCCCAACCAACGAACAGCUGCAGCGCAUCACAUGGCGUUUCCGACAGCCUCUCGAGACUGCCAUCACCGUAUUAGACGACGCGGCCUAUCCUCUAGGUCCGUCCCGACCGUACCAUCAACCCAGCGAGCACACCGAAGGCCACUAUCAUCUUCACGAAAUCUCACAAGAAGCCAUCACGGUGCCGCCAGUCUCUUCCAUCAACGUGUCGUGUGAGGAAUGGGACGCUUGGCAUUCCAUGGUGAUGUUGGAGUUUGAUCCCGACGAAGUAAUUGAAUACGACGAUGAGGACUAUCCGCCUCCGAGUCCGAUCCUGGUGGUGACUGCGUCCUCGAAGAAGGGCUAUGUGACCGUUCACGAUUACAUGACGCAGCUGUGGCCGUGGUUGUUUAAACAUCGAUACAUGAUUAUCAAGUCGGUGGACCCAGACGAGAUGCCGCAGGCGCUGGAGAAGGAGUGGGUGAUUGAUAUGACUAUCGUCGGAUCAGUGGUCCUUUCUGAAGAGAAAUAUUGGCCAGAGCAGCAAAAAAAUGGAGCCGCGAGGAUUAUAAGAGCAAGGGAGGGAAAGAAGAAGUUGCCUUGGGAGGCAACGGCGAGGCGGACCGACGACCAGAAAAAAAAAGAAACUACCAGCUUUGUUUAUUUUUGGCUCCGUCUUUUACUCUGGUCCCACGACGUCAGCCUCCCCCUUAUUUAUCCAACGUCUCCUUCGACACGCUUGUUCCAUUCUCAUCCCAUUGCUCUGUAUUACAUUCUCAAUCUCACUUCUUUCAUACUUUCCUCCUCUGUCUCGCUCUGCAACCCGUGUCUUAGAGCCAACCCCGCCCCCGAGACCGCCCUCUGUCGUCACCGUCUUUCUGCCACGCCCGUGUCGCCUCGUGUCUCGCAACGCUCGUCGCUACUGGUACCUUACAACAUUGAACCUCCCUCUCCAAUCUUCUCGCCCAACCCACGUGCCACUGUUGGGCAUUCACUCGACUCCAAACUCGCGCCCCCCCUCCGUCCCCUCACAUUCUCUCUCACCAUUCCUUCACUCUACAGCACACACAAAACCGCAAAGAUGCAGGCCAUCAAGCAAGCGCUGCACCUGGGCACAAACGGCGCCAAUGGCGCCGCCCGUCCCCAGCCCGCCCCCGCGGCCGUCGCCGAGCUCAAGAACAAGUACACAGACGCCCAGCAGGGCCACGUCUUUCAAUUUUACGACGCCCUCGCCGCCGACGAGCAGGCCGCCCUCUUCGAGCAGCUCUCCGGCUUCGACCCCGUCCGCAUCAACGAGUACGCCCAGCGCGCCCUCAAACCCGCCGAGACGGACAGCCGCCCGGCCGUCCUCGAGCCCCUGCCCGAGUCCGCCACCGCCAGCAUCCUCGACUCCCGGCCCGACGACCUCACAAAGUGGUACGACGCCGGCCUCGACCUGAUUGCCAAGAACCAGGUCGCCGUCGUCCUCAUGGCCGGCGGCCAGGGCACCCGCCUCGGCAGCUCCGCCCCCAAGGGCUGCUACGACAUUGGCCUGCCCUCGCACAAGUCUCUCUUCCAGAUCCAGGCCGAGCGCAUCCGCAAGGUCCAGCAGCUCGCCGCCAAGAAGACGGGCGGCGCCCAGGGCGUCGUCGUGCCCUGGUACGUCAUGACCAGCGGCCCGACGCGCCAGCCCACCGAGGAGUUUUUCGAAAAGAACAACUACUUUGGCCUCGACCGCGCCAAUGUGCAAAUCUUUGAGCAGGGCGUGCUGCCCUGCAUCUCCAACGACGGCAAGAUCCUGCUCGAGAGCAAGGGCAAGGUCGCCGUCGCCCCCGACGGCAAUGGCGGCAUCUACCAGGCCCUCGUCCUCUGGGGCGUCCUCGACGACAUGCGCAAGCGCGGCAUCCAGCACAUCCACGCCUACUGCGUCGACAACUGCCUCGUCAAGGUCGCCGACCCCGUCUUCCUCGGCUUCUCCGCCGCCCAGCACGUCGACAUCGCCACCAAGGUCGUGCGCAAGCGCAACGCCACCGAGUCGGUCGGCCUCAUCCUCUGCCGCAACGGCAAGCCCGACGUGGUCGAGUACUCGGAGAUUGACAAGGCCACCGCCGAGGCCGAGGACCCCUCCCACCCGGGCGUCCUCAAGUUCCGCGCCGCCAACAUUGUCAACCACUACUACUCGUUUGCCUUUCUCGAGUCCAUUCCCGAGUGGGCGCACAAGCUGCCCCACCACGUCGCCCGCAAGAAGAUCCCCGCCACCGACCUCGAGACGGGCGAGACGGUCAAGCCCGACAAGCCCAACGGCAUCAAGCUCGAGCAGUUUGUCUUUGACGUCUUCCCCAUGCUGCCCCUCGACAAGUUUGCCUGCAUGGAGGUGCAGCGUGAGGACGAGUUCUCCCCGCUCAAGAACGCAAAGGGCACCGGCCAGGACGACGAGGACACCAGCCGCGCCGACAUCAUGGGCCAGGGCGAGAGAUGGGCCAAGGCUGCUGGUGCUACCGUCAUCGCCGACGGCGGUGUCGAGGUCUCGCCUCUCAUCAGCUACGCUGGUGAAGGCUUGGACAAGCUCAGCGGCAAGACCAUCCAGGCUCCCGCAGUCGUGGAGCUCGACUAA